AAUUGAAUAAACAUAUAAAAAAAUAAAAAUAAAAAAAAUAAGGAUUAAAUCAUAGUGCAUACACCAUAUAUAAUGAAGCAAAAAUAGAAGAAAAGUACAAAGAUUAUGAAGGACACAUAAAAGCAGGACAUUUAAUUCAUCUUUUAGAAAGGGCAUUAAUAUUAAAUUAAAUAGAAUCGCAUAUUUACAUGAGUUAAUAUUGUGAAUGUAAAUAGCCUACAGAAUUAAUAAAACCGCAUGCAUGUGAAAUUGUAAAAAAAAAGUAAGAAAUAAGCUAAUAAAGGAUAAAUGAAAAAGUAAAUAUGUCGAUAGAAGCUGUUACAAGGACUGAAACAUUUGUUGAAGGAAAAGGAAUAAUUUAGAGUACAGGAAUUUAAAAUUUACCAAUUCUAAAUUAAUAAUUUCUGUUUCAAAAUUUAAACUAAAUGAAAUUGGAUUAAACAAAUUAGGAAAUAUGUAAAAAAAUAAAUUCUUUUUAUAAUAAAUCAUUAUUAUUAAAAAAUUAGACAUAAUUCCUUUAUUUAAUUAUUGUUUAUGAAGAUGGUUUCUUUCAAGUACUUGAUAAAUCUUUAAAUUAAUUAAGUAUAUGCAAAAUUGAAGGAAUAGAAAAUCUUAAAGAUGUAAAGUGGAAUCCAGACUAUUAUAAUAUAUUAGCCUUGGAAUUUUCAAAUUCAUUUGAAAUUAUUGACAUUACAACAACUGAAACUGUUAAAUUUUGUGAUUUUGCAAUAAUUUAGUUUUAAUGGAAAUAUUUUGUUUAAUAUUUAUAUUUAGAUACUAAUUAUACUAUUUAUUUAUGCUCAAUGACCGAAAAUUAACCUAUUCAUAUAAUCUAAGCAGAUGUAUAAUAAAAAUAAUAUAUAUAUUAUUAUUUUUAAAAAAAGGUAGGAACUGUAGAUAUGACAUUAAAUUAUAAUAGUUCAUUAUUAGCAACUUUCUCUUCUCAAGAAAAUACUGUUAAAAUAUGGACUUUUAGUGAAUAGAGUUAUGUUUUAGAAUUUGUAGACGAGGAAUAAAUUCAAUAUUAUUCAUGGGGAAAAACUACAAGUGGAAACAUAAUUAUUACUAUGACUGAAAAAAUAAUAAAAAUUUGGGAUGUUGAAUUUGGGGAAUUAAAAUGGAAUUUAGAUUUAUAGGAAAGAAUUAUCGAUUUCUGUAUAAUGGAAAGUAUAAAAAAACUUGAUAGGCUAGUUGUUUUUACUGAAAACUAAGGAGUUUAUAAAAUUGGAAAACAUAUAAAUUUCAAAACAAAAAUAUUAAUUUAAAAACAUAAUUUUGUUGAUGUUAUAACAAUAUAUCUUAAAAACAAUAUUUCCUAUGACUCAUGA